AUGCCGCUGGAAUCGAAUAUGAUGUCCUCUAUCCUCUCUGAAGACAUCGGUACGCCUCGCGAUACCGUCAGCAGCCCGCCAGGUCUCUCGAGCCUCAUGAGCGCCGCAGACGACGUCCAAAGUCCAGUCUUCGAGCCCCCAGCACCCAAACUGCCCACUCUACAGACUCCCGAACUCCAAACCCUACAAACACAGCUCCACACGUCGCUAGAGAAGCUCUGGAGCGAGACUGGACCCGUCUCUAAGCGCCAGAAGAAGAGCAAACAGAGUCGUCGAGCCAAAGCGGCGGCUGACAACAGCGCAGACGUGCACAAGGCUCUAGACCAGCUACAGCGCAUAAUAAACUCGCAGUUCGCGCGACGUAGCGUCCUCGAAGACGUGGUGAAGCUCUCAUUGAGCUUCUGUGAGCUGCUGGACGAGAAGGAGUCGGUACAGAGCCUGCUAGCUCUGGAUCAAGAGAAGAAUCGUGUGGAUCUGGACGAGACGCUGGCCAAACUACCGAGUAAACCACUGUACGCUCAACUGGUGCGCGCUAUUAGACGUGCAGUACUCGGUGCAGGGGAUUUAGUAGGCAAGGAGCUAUUGACUCAGGUGCUGGAUUGGAGUCUUACGAGAUCUACUCCUCAGUACUGGACGUGGAUGAUGGCUUGUAUUGCUCAGAUGAAUUCGUACUUUGUACAGGAAUUUAUAUUUCGCGCAUUUAUUUCCAGAUACGAAGAUAUGACGGAGUUUAUUCCCGUAUUGGAUUUUUUGGCGACGAAGAAUCCGGCUCAGAUGAUGGAUAUUCUGCGCGAAGUACUGGAAGAAUGCGUUUCUAGCGACCAAACACGAGCACUGGAGACUGUGAAGCGUCUUGUGGCGGUAGCAAGUGAUUCAGCUGUGCUUGUACAGGUCUGUGACGAUAAUUUACAGUGGAUUGUCACGGAUGAAUUAGUUAUGUCACUAGCCACGAAAUUUGGAGAAGGAGAGACGAGUGGCAAUGGGAAUGUGAGCCUGCAAGAAGGAAUGAAUGUCUUGUUGCUGGAUUUUAUCCGCAAACGAAGCGCCGAGCUGUCGAACUCCGGCUUUCAGCUGCUAUUACUGCUCCAAAACCUGUCUACAGCGAAGAUAUCGCCACGUUUUGCAGUGUCUGUGGCUUCAUUUCAGCAGCAACUGGUGGAUUUCGCUGGAUCAGAGAUGUCAUGUGCGUUUCUUAAGGGGAUUUACCGCUUCCUCCCCUUUAUUUGUCAGGGUAUACUUCGACUGCUGCAAGUGAUGAAUCCACGUGAAGAAACGUCGGAUAUUAGCAUGACAGACGAUGAAGAAAUGUCCAAGGAGACAGCGAGUCAACGCUUUGACCAGUGGAAACAGUGGCUGCUUCUACUGGCUCAGUCGAUCUCUCGAAAAGAAGUGACGGAACAGCUGAUUAAGGCCGAGUUGAUGCUGGCAGAGUUCAACGAGUUACCGGUCGUGUAUCCGCUUACAGCGAUCCAAGACGCAGAUCGCUCGUUGUGCGAAUUGCUGACCUCAUUGCUGACUCCUGCGUCGCCUGAGUACGUCGCGUUUGUGCGUAGUAUAGUGCAUGAGUGCCAAUCUGCUGCUCCACGAGCCAAGCGACGUAUUCUCGGUAUUAUCCAAACAUUACUGAACUUGAACGAUACCGAAGAAAUGACUGAGAACGACCUACCAGUUAACUUGACUGCAGGACAAGGUAAUUCGUGUAUGCAGCAGUUGGCUGGCGCUAAGAGUUGGACUGCGAGUCUGGACUCCUUUGAGCUGUGGAAAGGUGUGCGUGGCGUGGGGUUCUGGGAGAGCUUUCUGGACUUAGCACGCUCCAAGGACUCGCUGGUGGCUUCCCGUGCGCUCUCUCUUGUGUCUCGGACCCCGUUCUUAUCUCUCGAGGACCCGAACUGGCAAUACCGAUGUGUACAGAAGCUAUCGAGCGUGUAUUUCUCGCUGCUGCGGCAGUAUCGAGCAGAUCUCGUACGACAGGGUGAUAAAACCUCCAGUGAACUGAAUUUACCUGAGGAUACUGCUCUGCCGAGUCGUCUACAAACCCUCAAGAUGGUUCUGUUCCGAGUGUUAGCGCUGGAUGGCGGCGUCGCGCAUUAUUCCUCCUCCGUUUACAGCAUGUUUGCGUCCUUAUGGCUGGAUUCACUACUCAGUACCACAUCCGCUACCAGUAUACCGACACAUUUCCCGAACGACGUCAACUUUAACGAUUUAAACGAUGGAAAUCUGGAUGAACGUCAGAUUAUCCGCUGCGAACGAACUAUCAGCUCCAAGUGUACAAAUUUGCAGUCGUCCCAGGUAAUCACGAAGGUUCCUGAAGCAAAACUGGUAUACCGCAAAACCCUGGACUCGUCCUGGGAGCGAGAGAUGCACGCUGCUCGCGUGUGUAGUGUGUACGCUACAGAGAUUUUCUCUCAGCUUCUAGCAUCCACUGGAACGGCUGCUAGUCUGUUGGCUGAUGCUCACCAAGCCAAGAUGAUAUCGAAUACCGAGGAGGACGAGCAGUUGGAACGGCGAUUGAAGAUCGUGGUGGAUAUGCUCUUAGAACGUGUGAUACCGUGCUGUGGCAUCCCAAGUGACGACGUGUACAAGGACAUGCUGCCGAAUCGAUCGAGUUUCGACGUGGAUUUACGGAUAGAGCAGUGGUUAAACCACUUUCCGGCGUUUUUACCGGUACUUCGAACGGUAAUCUCGACGUCGACGGUACUGGGUUCUUCCCAGUUACUGCGACUGGUACCGGUAUUCAAGUCGGUAUUGAUUGUCUUACUGGGUCAUUGGAACAGUGUCAAAGGCGAGUUGAGCGUGGAGAACGUGGACGUGCCUCCGUAUAUGCGCAACAGGAAUCAACUGGCGCUCACGUGCGAGUUGAUGCGGCUCCUACGAGCGACUAAUUGGCUGCCUGCGCCUCUGGCCAAGACUGCGGAGCUGCUGCCAUUGACUACACCCGCCGAUAUCCGCUCGAUCCUCUUUAGUUGCUGGUUUUAUCUAUCAGACCAUCCUCCACGCUCUGGAUCACGUGCUCCUACGCCCGCAACAUCCGCGACGACGUCUCCAAUUUCGUCAGGAUCGUCUCCCGCUGGCUUCAGUAUUACCGGUUUGUCUACCGGUGGUUCUUCUUCCAGUUCAAGCAACCCACCGCUCGAGUUCUACUUGAUCCCGCUGCGCAAGGCAUUGCAUCGCAACAUCCGCAAGAUUGGCGCCAAGUAUCCGCUCUUCAUGUGCUGA